CCUUCACCUUCCAGUUCAGGAGACACGUGUCAUGACGUCUCUUCAGCGUGUAUGCUUAUUCAUGGCGCUGGCAGCACUGUCCCUGUAUUACUACGCUCCAAUGCAGACAAGAUACUUAAGUAUACCAGAACAGAAGAGUCAUUCUUGCACUCCCUUCGGCUCACCAAACAGUAGCAUUGAGACAAAGGAUAUGCCACGGAUCAUGAUGUGGACCAAAUUCUUUAGUGAUUGGUACGGGACGCUCGACGAUGAGAGAAUCGGCGAAGUAUUGCUGGAAAACUGUCCUGCCAAGUGCCUCGUCACAAAUGACCGGCGUUUGAUAGAAUAUAGUGACGCUGUCAUUUUCCAUGUGCGCGACCUGAAGAUGGCAGAUCUGCCGCCUAAGCGCUUCAGCUGGCAGAAAUGGGUCUUCUUCUUGAUGGAAUCGCCACCACACACCGGUUUCAGAGACUUCCAUCUCACGCACGGUAUGUUCAACUGGACCAUGACAUACAGAAGAGACUCUGACGUUUACGUGCCCUACGGUAGGGUUAUACCUCGCGAUUCCUUCAAUACGAAUACCAAGAGAGACUUGAAGGCCAUCUGGAAGUCUAAGAAAAAAACCGCCGUAUGGAUGGUCAGCAACUGCCACACCCCCGGUGGAAGAGAACAUUUCGUGGCGGAACUGAAGAAAUACAUGGACGUUGAUUUGUACGGUGCCUGUGGUGACCACGCGUGCCCGAAAUCCCGAGGCGAUUCCUGUUACGUGGACUUCGAGCGCACAUAUUUCUACGCACUCGCCUUUGAAAACUCGAUAUGUGUAGAUUACGUCAGCAAGAAGAUGUUCAACGUACUCAAGCACAACAUCAUACCAGUUGUGUUCGGUGGCGCAAAUUACAGUCAUAUCGCUCCAAAACAUUCUUACAUUGACUCCCUCUCUUUCGAAUCUCCCAAGUAUCUCGCCGAGUAUCUUAUAAAGCUAUCGAAGAACUAUACAGAGUACUCUGCUCAUUUCGCCUGGAAAGAGAGGCAUGAAGUUGUUAGGUGGGACAAAGGAUUCUGCGAUCUAUGUAUAAAAUUGCAAAACCGUGCUGAACUUCACCAGCAUUCGUCGUAUGGUCACAUCGAAGAGUGGUGGUUUGGCAGGAACCUUUGCCGGAGUUGGGACCAGAGGCAGAGUUUCCAGACCGACAAGUUCAAUAUAUCCGGCAGUCUUGAAAAUUAGCCCAAAUUUAUCCAGUUGGCUGCGGACACCAGAGAUGCUAGCAAUAAAUUAACUAAGCUUUAGGCAUUGGCAUUUACGUGAACAAACACUUUGCUUUGCGGGGACUGGAAGUGUCCCUAUUAGAACAGUUCUAUUCAGUGCCAUUUGAUUCGUUUAAGAACACUUCCAGGGAUGCCAGAUCUGCUUUACUUGUUGACAGUGCGGGGAACUACAUGAUUUCAAGAUUAGAUUUACUACAGAUCAAACGUGAGGUGCCGCUUUCUGUGGUCCCCUACAUAAUUGAAUAAGGGCACCCGAACACUUUUGUACAGGACAAGAAAACUACGAUUCUUUUUCAUACACAAACACUUGCGUUGUUACGAAUGUUCGUAGAGCUUACGACAUGCAGAUUGUUGGGUCCUACAUGUGCAGCGGAGGA